GCAACUUGUAACAGUAAUGGGAACAAUUCUCAUUGUAGAAUGUGUUUUUCUAUCGGCAUCAGAUACGCGUAUAUGAGGCUAGUCGGUCGGAUGCUAUUUAAAAAAAAAUCAGUGAAAAAGUACAAAAGAUUUGGCGGGAAAAGGAAAUUGAAAGUGUCAUGGCGGCGAUUACGGCGGUAAUUUUGUGGUUAAUCAUACUUCAUUGCGGUACAUCUGAAGCUCAGAGCUUGUUUAACAAAACAGAAGUGCCUUACAAAAAAAGCGGGAUAUGCAAGAGGAUGCUUUGUAAUUCUUUGGAGAAACUGAAACUUCUAGAAGAUUGCGUGGUCGUCCUGGGAGACCUUCAGGUCAUGGUGAUGGAGAAGGCGGUGAAGAAGGAUUUUGAUAAAUUUACCUUCAGUAAAUUGAGAGAGGUGACUGGAUUCGUAAUAUUGUACAGAGUCAAAGGUUUGGAGUCCGUGGGCCAGCUGUUUCCAAACUUGGUAAGAAUUCGCGGAGACAAGGUUUUCAAUGACUUCGGUCUGAUCGUUUAUGAUAUGGAAGAUCUCAAAGAGAUCGGGCUGUACAACCUACUCAAAAUCGACAGAGGAGGUGUUAUCAUAUGGUCGGUGCCACAAGCUUGCUUCAUCACCACAGUGAACUGGAAAGCCAUAGUGCCUAUGGCCCGUCGUGUGUUCGAGUACUCUGAGGAUGCCAUGCACUGUGCAUCCGCAUGUCGAUGCACAAAUGAUCUGGAUACAAAUAAAUGUUGGAACACUAAACGGUGUCAGCGAUUCUACGAAGGACCAGAAGCGGAGAAUUGCCACGAACAAUGUUUCGGAUGCAGAAUCACAUCUCCGAACCAAUGUCUACUUUGCCGCCAUUAUACAUACAAACACGAGUGCGUUUCCGCAUGUCCAAAUGAUACACUCCUCCUGCCAGUCAACAAAUAUUGCUUAUCAGAACAAGAAUGUAAAGACCUGGGAGGUUGGGAAUGGAAGAAGACAUGCAUUUUAGAAUGUCCACUUGAUUUUGCAAAACACACAUUUGCCAAUGGAAGUGUUACUUGUAAGCCCUGCAGAAAUUGUGACGAGAUCUGUAAGAGUCUUCUCAUCCAGUCAACAAGUACAAUCGAAGCUGCAAAGAGAUGCGUAUACAUCAACGGCUCUUUGAGAAUACACAUUAAAUCAAUCCCGGGAGCCAUCGAAGAACUUCAGGCGUUCAUGGGUAGAAUCCAAAAUGUCACAGACUACGUAGAAAUACACGGAUCAGUUAUAAUCACAUCCUUAGAUUUCUUGUCAUCCCUGAGGUAUAUUGGAGGCAGAAAUUUAUAUGCCAAUAAAUAUAGCUUAGUCGUACAUGACAUGGUCAACCUACAGACCCUUUUUACAACCAAUGUUACUAACAAUCUCGAAAUUGGCAAUGGCACUAUGAAUUUUUAUAGAAAUCCAGUCUUGUGUAUUAAUGAGAUCGAAAAAUUAUUGCCAAAGUUCCGUGAAAAACCUAAUGAUAUUGAUGUGCCCAAAAAUACAAAUGGCUAUAGCGGUGGUUGUGCUCAUGCUUCAGUUCCUCUCAAUGUUACUAUUAUAAACGAAACAUCAGUUGCGGUAACAUUUCAAUUAUUAGAAGAACCCGACGUGCAUUACUCGUUGCUAUAUAUUCGAGUACCACUAGGUUCUAAAACAGACUUCGUUCCUGAAACGUGCAGUGAAUCCGAAUGGCACGCUAUUAAUGUUGCCGUAGAACCUGGAAAACAUGGAUCAGUGAACCUGACAGAUCUUCAUCCUGCCUCAAAAUACGCUCUUUGCGUUGAAAUUUACGAACCGAAGCGUAACUAUGUCGCUCGAAGCACAAUAUACAACUUCUCAACCCAUGUUGGAAAGCCAGAACCAUCAUUUAUAUCAGAACUGGUAGCGAAAAACGAUGAAGUCGUAGUUAUACGUUGGGUUGAUCAUUUAGUGUACCAACCAUAUAUAGUGCGUUAUGAGUUAGACGUAUCAUUAAUUGAAAUUUAUCCAAGGGAUGUUACAACAAGGAAUUUUUGCAAUGAUAAUUUUGAAGAAAUUGAUGAUGACAGACACGCUGUUGUUUAUCGACCACCAGUUAAUUACGAGAGAGGCUGUGAAUCUAUGUGCGGGGUAUUAUCUGAUUCCACAAAGGGAGCUUUGGUAGAAAAUUACUUUGACAUUUGCUAUGACCUUCCAGAUUUUGGUUGCAAUGUUGAGGAGUCGCCACCUCCCGGAAAUAGCUCUUUUGGGAAAUAUGUAAGGACAUUAUCUUUGAAUAUUAGUGGAUCUAAAUCUGAUUUUCAAGUUGGAGAAUUAGCGCCAUACAGGGAUUAUAGAUUUAGAUUACGUGCGUGUACAAGAGAAUUAUGCAGUAGAUCAACUAAAGGCGUUGUGAGAACGUUACGUUCGGAAUAUGCGGAUAUACCAACUUUAACUUAUGCUAGUGCCAAUGAAUUUGGCUAUAUAUCUGUUGCUUGGAGACCACCAGAAUUAACCAACGGCCCAAUUUUAGCGUACUUAAUUGAAGUGAUACCAACAAUGAAAGUGAACGAGAUCGCUCAUUUGCUGCCGCGUUCUUGGUGUGUACCUUCAAGUCAACUAAGUAUAGUCAUAAAAUAUUUUGUUGAUAAAAAAUAUGUGAUAAGAGUGUGUUCAAGAACUCUGGCAUCGAAGAGCGCAUGUGGAGAGUAUAAAUCUGUAAUUGUAUCAUCAGUUUAUGUCAAAAAUUGGACUUGGUUUGCUUGUACAUUUGGUAUUGUAUUAUUUAGCGCAUCAAUUGUUGUGGGCAGACUUAGGAGAACUCGCAGACAAGUGGAUGAUAUGAUACCUUUAGUGGAAUAUGUGUAUAAUGACAGUCAGUCUCCAACUCUUACGCCGGAGGAUAUGCCUUCAUGCUCGAGUGCCAUUGAUUAG